CAGCAAACUCAAGGGAUGAGGUCAACCUUUCUCGUCAGGAUUUCGGAUAAAUAAUCCGUGCUCAGUCAGCCAGAUCCCAAUAUUACACCAAAGAUAUAAAAUGUCAGUGAAAGCAAGGGGCAUCGUGACCAGCAAACCAACUUGUUACAGUACAGCCAGGCUGGUGCACUGGUUGCCGGACUAUUCUAAUUUCUAAAUUUAUAAUUUAUAAUUGUUACACGAGACACAUAAGCCAUCCUCCGGUUGUCCGGUGUGCUCACGCCACUGCCACGACUGCACAGAGCUGUUUGGAUGCUGCCCCAGGAUGUUAAAACCAGGAUCAUUGAGUAUACGUGAGACAGUAACUAUAAGCACUGUGAGGUUACUCUAAGUGAGACAGAUACUCCGACCCUGAUGUCUGUCUAAAUACUCGUCAUCGUGGCUCGACCUCGCUUGACCCUGUGUCAAAUCCAUCUGCAGACAAUACGGAAGGAAGCGCCUAUCGUGGUCACGAUGGGUUUUUUUGUUUGUUUUUUUUUUUUUUUUUUUUUUUUUUUUGAAUGUGUUAAUUUAUCUCUGAUGUGCGUCCUAAUAGUACAAGAAGGAAGCAGAUGCUCAGCUGCACAUCCUUGUCCUCUCAUCUCCUUCUUCCUGCCCUGUGUUAGUGUUUGAGACGAGGCAGUGUAUUGGUGAGCUGAAUGGACGGCAACAACUGCAGGAAGUAAAUUAUUCUCAUGUCUACUUUUGUUUUUACUGACUACAGUCAUUGUGCCACGACUUGCGGUGAGACAACGGUCUGCUCGUUGCUGAAGGUUAUUCCGGAACUGACGUCAUGACGGGCCUCGUUGUCUUCCUCGUUCUGCUCUUCCCGCUAAUCGUCGCCGGAAGAGGGGAUGAUGACACGAAUGCAUUGGAUGGAUCAGCGGACAGUGAUUUGGAAGAAGAAAUACAAGACUGUUGCCAAGAAGUAAAACACUGUUGCCAAAACGUAAAAGCCUGUUGCCAAGAAGUGAAACCCUAUUGCCAAGAAGCGAAAGACUGUUGCCAAGAAGUAAAAGACAGUUGCCGAAUAAUAAAAGACAAAAAGUGUUGGCAAAACAUAAGAGACCGCUAUCAGCAGCUGUAUGCUGAUGUUACAAGAACUACAGUAACAACUUCGAUAACUUCAGGCUCAACUCCAGGAUCAACAAGUUCAACCUCCACUGUGACCAGUAGCCAGGCGAGUGCAACAGAUGUGAAGUCAAUGAUGGUGCCAGUGCUCAUCUGUCUAGCUGUUCUGUUUGUGGUUGUUGUGGUUGUUGCCGUGUUUUUCUUGUGGAGAAGGAAACGACAAGCUGAUGAUGUCAGGAAAGAGAACAACCAGUCCUGCUUAUCUGCUGCGAUCAACUUUGAACGAAGUCAGGACUCUCAGGAGAACAGGAGAACCAACAUCGGCAAUGCUUUGAUUACAGCAGACAACGACAACAACGAUGACCACACCUACAUCAAUGGCCCCGCGAUAAACAGGGGCGUUGUCAGGCUGCACGAGGACAGGCCUGUGACCGAUGGUCAGCACGCACUCACUGACCCCUCUGUCAGCGUGGCCAGAGACGACUCAUCACGAUGUCCAUUGGAGGAUGCCGAGUACUCUUCACUGGAUCCGAACCGUCAGGAGUCAGACUACACAGCCUUGAAUCACACUGCCUAGCAAGGUCCUUCCAAAGGCGACCGUCCUUCUUUCCUGGCCUCGUGUCCCAAGUAAUCAGGGCGACAGUCCCAGGGGAAGGAUAACUCUUGGUCGGACCAAUAUUGAGACAACAAUGAACAUGACAUUAUGAUCAUCUUUACCUUUUAUUCUCACGACAAAAAGUGAACUUGGGUUGAAAUUCUAUUGUCAAAAUAAUUGUGAACUCUCUACAGGCUUUAAUUCUGAACUCGGGACAACUGGACCAAUCACAUGCAAGGUCAACAGCGAUGAGACAGAGACUGCACUGCUCUGCAUUCCUCGAUGUCAAUGUGAACGUCUAUGCCGGUGUCAUUGCAAUGUGUAUGUGUGCAUGUGUGUGUGUUUAUAAAUGCACGAGGUGUUAUAAGUGUGUGCUUGCGCGCGCAAAAUGUUGGUAAUGUGAGCAAAUGUAACUUUGUACAGAACUUAUUCCACCUCUCAUAUUUCUGGUAAAAAAAAAUCAUUGUAACAAAGUUUUAAUUCUUCCUGUGUCACCUGCAUCUAUAGCUAUCGUCUUCCAUCUCUCCUGGUCUCCCAUUUUAUCAUUUUAUUUAUUCAUUCAUUCACUGUCUGUACUGUGAAAUAUUACUGUUUACUGUGAGAUACAGAAAA